AUAUUUAACAUGGCCAGUUCAACUUUAAGUAAACCUGAUGAUGUUCCACAAGAAUUCAGAGAAAGAACCCUGUUUCACUUUCUUCUGACAAUUGAUAUGAAAAAGUAUGGAGUAAAACCCGAGGAUGCCUGGAGAGACUUUGGCCGAUGUAUUUUGGCUGAAAAACAGUUAGAUCUAGCACGCCGAGCAGUGGGCCCUGAUCUUGACAAAAAUGUUAUCGUCAGCAAACACAACUUCUACAAGCUACAAAAUGAGUUGAAGGAAAAGACAGAAGAAAUUGAAAAUCUUUCUACGAGCACUGGUACUGAUAAAAAAGGUAGUGAAAAAGACUUAACUAAAGAGGGGGCAGGUGAACAACCCAAACCAUCGGAGGAAGAUAAUGACACCAAUAACCAGGAUACAACAGUAACUGACCCUGAAAAGGAGGAAGACACUACAGCUGAUCCUGGUGAACCAAAUUUGGAUAGGAAUGAAGAAUCGAAUGAAAAGGUAAACAGUGAAGAUCAAACCAGUGAGAAGACCGAUGAUAAAGCUAGCUCAGAUGAUCAAAAUAAAGAACUUCUGGAGUCUGCAGAACAACCAAACAUACAGCAAUCUGCUGGUAAAGAAACAUCAGAGGAAAAGAAAGAGGAGGAUAAACCAGAACAAUCUGAAGAAGAGGAGGUUCCCAAUAAAGCACCUGAAGAGGAGGAUGGAGGGAAUGAACCUGACGGGGAGGAAGAGAAAGGACCUGGAGAAGAGGAAGAAGACAGGAAGUACAGAGCUGACCCAGCAUUCCCUAUGAUCGAGCGUCACGCCCGAGAAUUCCGAAAGGCUGCAGCAGCAACUUCAGCCAAGACUAAGUCCACAUUUUUCAUCAAAGUCGAAUUGCCAAAUCUUGUCACGGAUGAAGGGAUAAGAGAAGAUCUACGUACCUUGACCUAUGUAAGAAAAUGUGUGGAGCUGUGUUGGUACAUGUGUAUGCAGGAUCCGCCUAUGGUUAUCAUCAGUCCCGAGAGAGGACAAGAAAUCGACAAGGGCUUGUUUUCCCUCCAUGGCCGCCGCGGGAAAACUGUGGAAGUCUGUGUGUGGCCGGCCCUUCUGCUUCACGAUGGCGGACCGCUUGUGUGUAAGGGAUACGUCCUACCAGAGGAGAGGAAACUCAAGAAGUAAA